UUGAUCAAUUGUGGAGAAAGGAAGUUGUACUGUCGCCAUAUUGAAAUCGUUUUGGUGUUGGAAUUGUUUCUCUUUGUGCCGCUAGUAGUCAGGUUUUUAAGCCCUGAAUAAGUUAAGUAUUUGCAGAAAGUGGUGACCUCCAACAUUCAGGCAUAUUUCAAACCAAUGUUGUGCUUAAAGGAACUGAGAACAUCCAGAUUCAAUUAGUAUCCAGCGUUUGGCAUCAAACUCCAUUGUGCUACCUCUGUACCUCAGUGCAUUCAAUUUGUUGGCAUGAAGCGUGAAGCAGAUGGUGACAUGGGCUCCCCACAGAAGCGGUCCCGCAGUGGGGAUGACAUAACUGUUCGUCUUCUCAUACCCAGCAAGGCUGCAGGCUCAAUAAUUGGGAAAGGCGGCCACAACAUCACCAAGUUGCGGACGGAGUACAAAGCCUCAGUUACUGUCCCUGAUUGCCCCGGGCCUGAACGCAUACUGACAAUAUCUUCGGAUUUGGACACUGUUCUUCAAGUGGUGAACGAAAUCAUUCCAAAUGUGGACGAUGCAACUGGGCGGUCAGGAUCUCGUGGCGGUGGUGGUGAAGAUGUGGACCUUCGUCUCCUGGUGCAUCAGAGUCAGGCGGGUUGCAUCAUUGGCAAGUCAGGUUUCAAGAUCAAAGAGCUGCGUGAGAAAACUGGAGCUCGAAUAAAAAUAUUCUCCAACUGCUGCCCCCAGAGCACUGAAAGAAUAUGUCAGAUUUCAGGGCGACCAAACACAUGCAUAGAUUCCAUACGAGAGAUAAUGGAACUUAUCAAAACUUCUCCAAUCAAGGGGAUGAAUAACCCAUAUGAUCCACACAACUACGAUGAUUUUCAUUCUCAAGAAUAUGGUGGCUUUGGAGAUCAAGAUGGCAAGGGAGGGCGUGGUGGCCCUGGAGGUGGAAUGUAUGGUGGUAUGGGUGGGCCACCACCCAUGGGCCGAGGUGGACGAUUUGGACCUGGUGUUGGUGGAAACAUGGGUCCUGGACCCCGUGGUCCUCGGGGAGGCAUGGGAGGUCCUGGAGGGAUGGGUCCUGUUCGGGGUGGAGGCUUCGGAGGAGGUCGUGGGGGCUUUGGAGGAAACAGAGGAAAUGCGUCAAAUGGGAUGAUGAGCAAUUCGCCAAUGAACAUGGGUGGUGGCAACAGUGGAGGGCAGGGCCCAAUGCUUGGAGGAGGAAAGGGGUCUACUCAAGUUACAAUCCCCAAAGAUUUGGCAGGUGCCAUUAUUGGAAAGGGUGGAGCAAGGAUACGUAAAAUACGAUCUGAUUCUGGAGCAGGGAUCACCAUUGAUGAACCUUUGCCUGGUUCCAAUGAUCGUAUAAUCACAAUAACUGGCUCACCCAAUCAAAUACAAAUGGCUCAGUAUCUCCUUCAGCAGAGCUGUCAGAGUGGUGCAGAUUCUGGCAACUAUUAAGGAACAUGAGCAAUGCAGCCUGUUAAAGGAAAGUGUCCAAGCAGACUCUUACAAGUUUAUGUGAAAAGACAGGGAGGGACAGCUGACAUGCCAGCAGUUGUUCAAGCUUGUGGAAGCGAUAGCAUUUUAAUGAGAAGUAUACAAUAUUUCGGUUCUGGCAGGAUGAAUUACUUUUCCUUGAGUUGCAUUAUGUAAACCAUAGUUUUUUAAGUUAGUUCCAUAUGUAGACAACAAGAGUCAUAUUAAUUUUAUGUAGCUUGUACUUUGACCAGUAGAUUUAUGAUUGUAUGGAUGUCUGUCACUUGUUAUAUGUCAGGUACCUGACUACAAUAUUGCUAACAACUGAUCAUACAAAGCACAUUUUAGUGAAACUUUGUUGGUACAGUUAUAGUUUUUUAACAUAAACAUUUGCAGUACAAUAAAGCAGUGUGUGUAUUCUGAAAUAUAUAUUUUUCUUGGUGUUAAGCUUUGAUUGUGCCGGAUGUGGUAGAUAAAAUAUCUAAGGAACAGCAAUGCAUGAAGUUUUGUUAUUCAAGAAAUGAGUCAGUACAAAUAAUCAUUGUAUUCAAUAGUUCAUCUCCACUGAAGAUACUACUUUAUAUUACAAACUCUUUGUACUAAAAAAAGUUACAUGAUUUUAUUUCAGUGCCAGUAAUAAAUCCUGCAAAAACAUUUUUUACAUUAA